GCUCACGAUACGUUUCACCCCUAUUCUGGCGCAUCGUUAACUACAUCGUCACCCUCGUCGGCAGUUCAGCGACUCAACUUGCGACUGCUCUGACAGUUGCAUCAUAUCUUCAGUCAUCCUGGGACGCUGGCAUUUACUGAGGUGAUGUUUGUGGUGUCGUCAGCAACACAUAUCGCAGGAUUUGCCUUGAGGUGUUCCAGCAUUAUUUCUGUCUCUAGGGAGAUCAUUGAGCAUGCAACUGCACUGGAGAAGCUAUUCGAGGACAAUCAUAGCAGGUACAUCGAACGCACUGCUCAAGUAGGCGAUACUGCAGUAAAGCUCGACAGGUGUGCAUUCCAGUGGGGUCCUGACAAGUUCACUCUUGCACCAACGACAUUGUGUGUCAAGACUGGCGAGUUCGCAGUUGUUGUCGGCAGAGUCGGAAGUGGAAAGUCGUCCCUGUUGUCUGCUAUCUGCAGUGAGAAUGCCGCUGGUUUCAGGCACAGGGUGCACAUACGGUCGGAUUGGGUAUGUCAGUCAGAAGCCAUGGAUCAUGAAUGCGACAUUCCGUGAAAAUGUGCUGUUCGGUCCAGGCGUUUGACGAGAAAGUUCUACUGGCGCGUUGUCGAGGCGUGUGCACUAGCUGAAGAUGUCCAAGCUGUUCCCGGCGCAGGAUUUGUCAGAGAUCGGACCGCGUGGUCAUCAACCUGUCUGGCGGACAGAAGGUGCGGCUGGCACUGGCCCGUGCUAUUUACUCCCGCGCAGACAUCUAUGUUUUGGAUGACCUACUGGCGGGCAGUUGAUGCACAUGUCGAGCGGCAUCUAAUCGAAAAUGUGCUU